AACCGUUCAUCGGCGGCCAUUUUGAACGACUCUUUCCUGAGAUCGAGGUACUCGUUACCAGGUUUUCGUCCGAACGGGUUCUCCAAGAUGGCGGCUGUGUGGAUGUCUCGUGUUGCAAAAUUUUGUGGAAGGGUUACUUUUAACUCACAGGAGAUACUUUACUCGAAGAUCCACCAUAACGCCCGUGGCAGAGGUUGUCUUCCUGUUUCGCUGAACUUGGCACAGGGAAGAGCGUUCACAGGAAAUCUUCUUUCAAGGAUACAACAUCUACAGCCAUCACUGAGGCAGCCAACAAGUCAAACUAUACAAACAAGAAAUAUUGGUCUCUUGACAAGAUUCAACGUUGUGGAUAACAGUGCACUUGGUCAAAGAACCAAGAGAAAUCGCAAACCGUAUCUGAUAGGCUUUUACAGGAAGAGAAAGACAGCAGAAGUUGGCGAUGUGAUCCGUGUAGCAGUGGGCGGCAAAACUAACAAAGCAAUUGUUGUGGGGACACGCAAGCCAAAGCAUCACUCAGUACCAAGAUAUGAUAACAAUAACAUUGUUCUUGUGGAUGAUAACCUUGCCCCCCUCGGCACAAGAAUCAAGGGUCCCAUUCCUACUAUCAUUCGCAGGCGACAAGCAAAGUACUCCAAAGUGCUUGCCAUAGCAUCUAGAUUUAUUUAGGUUUUGAGCUUGCUUAGAAUUAAACACGAACGCAUGCUAUGCAUCCACUAUAAGAUAAUACUGCAUGCUGCAUGGUUAAAUUUUCAAUUCAUUUUGGGUUUGGAUUUUCUAACUCCUAUACUAGAGAUGACUGAAGUGGAGGCUUAAACAAGAUGCCGUAUAUAAGGGAUGACAGCCUUUUUAGUAUAUUUCAUCUUUACCAUUCAUUAUCAUCACAGGUAGCACAAGCUCUUUAUUUGUCCCUAUUGAUAUUACAAUAAACAUAAGGCAAAAAUAGGGAGGGAAUAUAUUGGAAAGUUCAUAAAAUACUGGUCUGUUCAUGUUAAAUAAAUUUAAAUCAGUUACCAAUAAAUAAAAUAAAAAAGUAGCACAUCAAAUACGGAUGAUUAAAUGUCAUUCUCAAAAAAUAUGAAUGAAAUUGGACGAGAUUUGAGACUACUAGACGUCAAUUUUAUAACCAGGAAAUUUAAAAAAUUGCUAUAAAAAUUACUAACAAGCCUUUUUAAGAGCUUGGGCUACCUGUGAUUGGCAUGGGUAAUGUUUUUUUUUUGUGAAACAGAACAUAUUCACUUUUAUUUGACAUGUCCAUGAAUUCAUGUGGAAAUUUUUUGUUACUGCAUAAUUUUUGCUAAAACGUUUUGAAUAUUGCAUUCAGUCACUAUGAGUUCAACAGUCACAGUUGUUGGUUGGUUGCAGGCAAAUUUUAGAAAUUUGUAUAAAAAGGUGCUAGAGUUUUAAAAAAAAUGUAAAAAACAACA